AUGAAAAAGCUAAAAAGUGAGAGAAGGGCAACUAAUUAUCCAUACUAUAACAUACUUAAGCGUAUUGCCCCCAACACAUGGGGUAAAUAUGGGAGUUCGAAUGACAUCCGCUCUGUUUUGGAUUCUUCUUUAAACUCCAAGGUUAUUUUGGUUGAUGGUCCGGCUGCUGCAGUAAAUCACGUAACAAUUCCAAGUCUCUCAAAGUCCAGGCUACAGCUGACUGAACGAUAUCUUUAUUUGAUAAUUAAACCAAUUUGUCACAAACCAUUUUUGUUGAGAAUUGACUGUAAGACAGAUAAAGGUGUUAUUUUUCGGAUAACACUAUCGAAUGCUUUGAAGCAGACAAAAAUUUCAAACUUAUCUUUGUACCUUCCACUGUCAUCACUCAAUGUUUCACCUGAUGAUAGCGAGCGAAAGUGGUGUAUCUUGCGUUUGAAUCUUUAUGAGAUUAUUAGUGAAUACUCUGAUUAUCGCUAUCACAGUCUUAGUCGCUUGCAAAUUUGUUGCAGUUUAUUUUUGUAUGCUGCAUUUACAUCAGAUAACGAAUAUUCACCGUUUGUUCCAAGAAGGAAUGUAACUCAAAAGUAUACGGGAGAGGCUUUUCUUCCAGUUCCAAACGAAUUUUGGCCAUCUAACUAUUCCGAAAAUUUAUCCAGUCUAUUUGACCUUGUUAUGGUGCCAGAAAAUACAAGUGAUGAUACGUGUUCGAAAACUUCAGAGAAAACUGGCUUGUCAUCGGAUAAGCAGGAUAAGAUACUAGAUGGGUCAAUCCAUUCGCCAGUUCCGGAAAUAAUCGAGAAAAAUGAGACGUUUGUAAAGCCUGCUGAUAAGGAAAUCCUGAAAAUGUCAACAGAAUGUGAAAACAACCUUAAGAAUGACGGCGACUUACAGUCGCCAGAUAGUGAUGUCAUAUCCACGGGAAUAACUUCUCAAGAAGAUGCUGAAACCAAUCUGAAUAAUAAUGUUUUAGAUUUGGUAUACGCAGCAUCAUGUCCGUCAUAUUGUAAUAGUAUAAUUAUCACACAGAAUGGUCGAGUGAUUAUUUUCCCUUGUGCGGCAUUCAUUAUUGUUAUGGAGAUUGCUAGUAAACAGCAGUGUUUUUUAGAAGGUCAUACAGCUGAAAUAGUCAGUAUAUGUCAAGAUACAGAUGGCAGACUUAUUGGUUCAUGUCAGUCGCCAAUAUUCGACCAAACCAAUUCAUGUUUUGGUAUUGUUCAUGUAUGGCGUAUGCCUAAUGCACCUUAUUCAUCGAAACGUAUCGAGUAUCCAUUAGGCGUUGGAAGAAUUCAUAAUAUUCAGUCAUUUAAAGGUGUAUGCAUUUCAGAGAGAGGUGAAUUUUUAAUUACCUAUGGAUUGGAUAUUCGUUUACGUGGUCUGGUAGCUAUAUGGGAUUUACGAAACUUAUUUCAAAGUAGUGCAUUACCACUGCUAGCACGUUCAACAAUUGACAGCAAUCCAGUCUCCUUAUGCCUUUUACCUAAUGGAUUCAAUGAAAAUGAUACCUCAGAUUCAUCUAUUCGUUUUGCUACAGUUUCUGGAAGAAAUCCACAGAAUGAAACUAUUAUAGAUUCAAAUAAAUAUCAAUGUUGUAAAAAGAAAACAUUUAGUGAAAUUCGAUUAUGGCGCUUUAAAUAUCCAUCAAUAAAACAAGGAUUAAUUAAAGAGUUUAAUGAUAUAACAAUAAAAAAUAAAUAUCAUUUGUCUUCGUCACCGAUUCCAUUAACUGUACUGCUUAAUUCAUCUUUUCGUCAUUCAUUAAACUUUAUAAGUUGUUGUAUUAAAUGUCAAAUAUUGAAAUCUGAUCAAUUGAACAGUGGUGAGCUGAAUUAUUCCUUAUUAGUUGGUUCAUCAACAGGACAUAUUUUGGAGAUCGAUCCGAAUCUCUUCUGUAUUUCAAAUGUGUAUCAAUUAACUAGAAAUUCCCAAGAAUAUGAUUCAAACACAGUUGAUUUACAACUUUUAGCCUCUAGAGAAUUUAUCAAUGAUCAAUGGAUUUUAAACUUUCAAAAUAAAUUGAAUAAUUCAAAAGGGAAUCUUAUCCCAAUUACUUCACUUCAUUGGAUAUAUCCUGGAGGCAAUUUUUCAUUAGGCUGGUUAGCUAUAUGUACACAAGAUGGUUGUAUUAUUUUAUGGGACCUAGCGAAUUCAACAGAUCCAGUUAUACUUUCAGUCAAAUAUCCAUCAAUCAUUUCUGCUGUUCAUUCAUGUUGGAAGAGUGAAGUUGGUGAGGCUGGUAAAUCUCUGCAUCAAGUUUUCAUUGCUAUAGCAACCUGUUCUGGAGGUCUUGCUUGUCUUGAUUUAGAUUUUAAGUAUAAUAUUCAGAAAAAUGUUAUUACUGCUGAUAAAUUAGAAACAAUGAAUGAAUUUACGCUGAUUAAAUGCACUCCUAGACGCCUUUUAUCAUGGCAAGCUUACAGUGCUGUGAUAGCUGCUGAUAUGAUUCAGUCGGAUAAAGUAGGAUCACAGUGUGUGUUAGCUACUUUAAGCGCUGAUGGGAUUCUUAGAAUUCGAAAUAUUUCAUCAUCUUCGUCUUCAAUCAGUCAACAUGAAGCUAAUAAUAACAGUAAUAAUAAAAAUGUACCCAAAAUGCCGGGUAUUCUUGAAGAUUCUAAUACUGCUGAAUUGACGGAGGAUCCAUUAAUCGACUUGGUUAUACCCGAUGAGAUACCAUCACACAUUGUUAUUCAACCAAGAUUAGAUUGGUCAAAGUCAACAGUUAUCAACAACGGAAAUGAUCAAAUCUCUUGGUUACGUAUUGUGUGCGGUUAUCCUGGCAGUGGAUUGAUUCGUGUUUUUUCUCCGUCAAAUACUAAAAUGCUUAAAGAAUUAGAUUUCCAUAAAGGUUAUGAUAUAACAGCACUGAUGUUUUCACCCUGUGGUAAUUAUCUAUACACAUCGGAUAGUUCAGGACAACUAGCCGCCUGGAGAAUAAUAGUGAAUAAUGAUGCAGAAAAUUCCUGCGAAAUUCUAUUGAUGAAUUCAUUAAACCAUCAUAUUUGUAUAUUUAAAAGCAUGCAACCUAUGAUUAUGAAAGAAGAUAAUAACAGUAUCAAAUUAUCGGAAACUAAACAAAGUAUUAUUACUAUAUGUUCAAAAGGUUUGUAUAUUGCCUAUAUGGGACCACAAGUAGGCAAUGUUACAAUUGCUGAAGCAGUGAACCUGUCAACUGUUGUACAAAUUGAUUUAUUUCAUUUAAUAUCAAAGUAUUUCCAAAAAGAUGAUUCAACUGUCAAAUAUAAUGAUACCAGUUAUUUUAUGAAAUCAUUGCAUUAUAUUCAAUUCAUUCGACAAGUUAAUAAUAAUUCAAAUAAAAAGAAUUCUUGCUUACUAUUUGUUUGUACAUCACGUGGUCACUUAUUCAAAUUCACUAUACCUAGUGGAAAAUUAAUCAGUUGUGCAGAAUUUCCCAUUGUUUCUCAAUCAACAAACUCAGAGAUUUAUAUCAGUGCAAUGAAAAUUAAUCCUAAUAGUGGACAUACCUUACUAUUAUCUGAAACAUCUAGUCCAUUUAUCUACAUUGCAUCAACUAAUUUAUAUCCUUUGCAUGAAUCCCAAAAAAAUAAUCACAAUGAUGGUGUAUUCGAUCGAAGCAUAAUUAUUUAUCAAAAGUUUAUUGGACAUAUUUAUCCAGUUGACAAAUUUUAUUUUACAUUUGAUGAGAAAUAUUGUAUCAGUAUAGACAGAGGUUAUUGGAAUAAUAAUAAUAAUAAUGAUCAGUUGUAUACUACUAACAAACAGAUGAAAGCAAGUAGUAUAUUCUUCUGGAAAUUUCAAGAAAUUCAACCAGUAUGUGAAUCAAAAGGAGAAGAGUAUUUGAUUGAAGAAAAUUUGAAGAUUGAUAACUCUCAGAGUAUAGUACAAGUACCAACUUCAGUUCAACCACCAUAUCAGUCAUCGGAGUGUGAGAAUAAACUGUCCUUACCUCCAUUAACUCCAACUCUAGAUAGUCAGUGUAUUGAAACAUGCAGUGAAAAAUCAAUUUUGAAUAAUGUGGAUUCAAAUAAAACAAAUGAUGACAAUUGUGAAACGUAUAAACAGAACACUCUACAAGAUGACCAUCCUCCUUUAUGCCAUAGACAUUGGACUGUUUUUACUGAUAAUCAACCAAUAUCUGGCGAAGUGAAUAUCAAUAUGAUUAAUGAAUUGAAAUUUGCUCCAAUUGGUGAAGAAUUGUUAAAAGGUUCAAUUGGAUUUGGUUGUUUUAAUCAUAUGAUUGAUAAUUUAAUAUGGGAUUCAGAUACUGGACUGUUUAUUUACACAUAUGAGUCUUUACUGAUAUUUGAAGAAUUAGAAACUGGUUUACAAUCAGCCUACCGUUCCGUGAUAAAUCAUAGUUCAGAAUAUAACAAAGUGUUUCAUGGAGAAAUAUUAAAUUCAUUGGCGUUAAUCCCGAACAAAUCAGUAUUAGCAAUUGGUUCAACAAGUUAUUGGCAUCUUUCUGAGAAAAAAUCCAGUUGUCCUGACAUAAUUUCCACACUAAUAACUAUACCAAUUAAAUUCAAUCAAUAUUCAAAAUAUUCUACUUCACUGACAUCUUUACCAAUAUUGAAAUGUGAUUUAUCCAAACGAUUUUUAUUACCAAUCAAUAAUCAAACAAUCAAAUCAUAUUCUGCUAUGGAAGAUAAUAAUACUCUUCUCUAUGGUAUUUUAUUAACAAUGUCAUUUACAAUGGAUUCACGAUAUCUUAUCACUAUUGAAGAUUAUCAUACUAAUGGAUUAAAAUUAUGGUCAACCUAUGAUUGGACUAUUCUCUCCUCAGUAUAUAUGGAUGGUUAUUGCAAUCAGAUCUUAUGCUCUCCAUUAUUCGCUAAUGAGUUUAUCACAAUCGGUGGUCAUCUGAAUCAUGCUGAUGACAAUGGUGUAAAGUCAAUGCAUCGUGAAAGUCUUAUUCUCUUUUGGAAGAUUGACAUUAAACACUCCAGAUAUACUGCUGAUUAUCAAAACAGUUAUACUAGUAAUGUGAUGAAUUCAGAUAAACCGCUUACAUGUAUCAAAGGAAUCACAUCUCUACAGGAUAAAGCCAGAUUUGUUCAGAAUACAGAAUAUUGUUCUGCAACCUAUAUGAAAAUCCCUAAUAAACUUGAUUAUUAUUAUACUACUAUGCCGAAAAUGAUCUUAUUACUACUGGUUGCAGAUAACUUUGGUCAGCUAACUGUAUGGGAUGUCAACAGUCAUGCUUGUAUUUAUAACUUUUCUGCUGAAUGCAAUGAAAUAAGUGUGAUAUCCUCUUGUGGUCCGUAUGGUUUUGUUACAGGCAGCACAAAUGGUCUGUUACACCAAUGGCGUUUAGACUUGGAAUUUUCCAGCAGUGACCACAUUUCAAUGCAUCAUCAUAAUUCACUUAUCAUCAAAAGUAAUUCUAAUAGUUAUUAUAAUGGUGGGAUUAAAAAUGUCAACGUCAAAUUAAUGAAAUCAAUACAUUAUUCUGCUCAAACAGGUUUUCUAUCAGCUUGCUUCGACUUAGAAGGACAAAUUGGUGUAGUCAGUACGAAUGACUGCAAUUUAUGGUAUGUGGAUUGGUCUGAAGUUGAAGGAAACGCCAGUUGUUGUCGUACUUCGGAGGUAGAGACUUCCCUUUCAGAAACACCGACUGGUAUAACUGUUUUAUCCUCUGGACAUAAAACACAAAUCACAGGUUUAGUUUGGUGGCCAAAACGCGAUCAACAAUUUGUCAAUACCAAUGAAAAUAAUGACCAAUUGUCUACUUCAUCAACCAAUAGCAAUGAUAUAAUUGUCACAUGUUCUUUGGAUGGAAGUGUACGUCUUUGGAAUUCUGAGACACGUCAAUUAUUAUCUGAACUACAAGUUAACGAAUCAGUUAAUACUUCCAAUAAGUCUAUUGGUGCAGUGAAUUUAUGUAUAUUAAAUUAUCCCGGUGUAAAAUGUUCUGGUUCACUGAUGUGUUCAGAUGGAAUGACAAUAAUUAGUGAAGAUGAGAGAAGUAAAUCAUCACCUGGAUGUUUAGCUGUUGCUUAUACCGAUACAAGUGUACGAUUAUUCUGCUUGCAUAAGAUGUGUAUAAUCAGUGAAUGUGAAUCAAUAUUUCCACGUCAAACUGAUCAGAUAACAGUUCUAAGCUUUUGUAGUCCAUAUUAUUUAAUUGUUGGCACUAGAAAUGGUCUACUCAUCCUCUUAUCACUUGCGAAUGAUAACAGAAGUGAUCUCAUUGAAGGCGAGAAACCACAACCAAUAUUAAUAAAACGCAUAAUGAAAGAUCAUCUAUUAUCGAAUCAAAUCUCGAUGCCUAUUCAUUGUAUAGAUACAUAUGAACAAGCUUUAUCAUAUGAUUAUUAUUUAAAUAAAUUACAAGAGAAAACAUUUAUUAAUAAUGGAAGUUUAAAGAGGAAUUCGCAUAAUUUAGAUGGAGUUGAAGAUAAACAAUCUGAGUCAUGGAUAUGCCUUGCUAUUGGUGGGGGAAAUCGUUUGAGUGUAUGGAAUCUAUCAAUUUGUUCAGAUACAUAUCAUAAUCCAUUACGAUUUUACUUGAUUGGUUGGUUGCCAUUGGAAUCAUUGCAAUGGAUUAACGACAUCAGCACUAAUGGCGAUAUUAACAAUAUUACUACUAAUAAUAAUAGUAAUGAAAUGGAAGCCAAUGAGUAUUCCUUUCACGCAAUGUUUUUACCAACACAUAAUUUAAAAGAUACGUUGGAGUUAGCGAAGAAUGACAGAAACCAUCAAGAGAUAUUUGAAAAGCAUAAACAUCCCCACAUAUUGAUUUAUGGAUCACGCACUUCUAAUGACAAAACAUGCCUAUGGAUAUAUUCCCUGGACAACUUGGUUAAAAAUCGAUCUACACCACAACCAUGGUUACAUAUACCUGGAAGAGUAGAAUUCAUUAAUCCUGUAUUUAUACACCAAUCUUCUGAUACUGUUAAUUCCAUAGAUAAAAAGUCAUCAUCACUAUGUCUAUAUAUGAUUGUAUUAAUGAGAACACAGCAACACCGUACUGAAAUACAUAUUUCAAAAUUUUAUUCAUCAAAUGGUUUACACAGUAGAUGGAGAAAACUAACUGGACCACAAAGUGUACCUAUCAGUAGUCAUUUAAGGCAUAGGAAUUCUGUAAAUACUCUUCCUGUAUUAAGAACAAUUGUUCAAUCAGAAAAAGGUAAAAUAUGCAUAGCUGCAGCUUAUGGUAGAGAACUGUUGAUAUGGGAAGAGUCAGAUAAUUUGGAAAUCUCUUCUUUAAAUAAUUAA